AUGGCUUUCCAGAUCAUCUUUUUCAUCUUAAUUCUGGGCGAGUUUAUUACUAUCGUUCGACAACUGCGUUUUGUUCCACCCGGCCGUUACACACGCGCUCUCCGUAUAUCCCCCCUCGCCGUGGUAGCAGGUACAUUGGCAUUGGCUUACCUUCUCGCAGCAGUCUACACCAGAAUCAGUACUAACAGAGUUACGACUCUGAGUGGGAUAUCCUCUGUGCCGUACACAGAUCUGCAUGGAUUAUCCUCAUCUGAUAGCUUCGUUUUUGCCGUUGAUCCUGCGUUUAGACUGGCGGUUUGCCUCUGGCUUGUCCAUCUUCGUGGUAAUGUUGCCCGAAUGGCUCAAGGAAAGAUACACAAGCCAUGGGUUUCACAGUUUUGGAAGCGAAUUAUUGAUUGGUCGUUGGUGGCCAUCCUCUUCUUGCUCGCUAUUUCUACAAUGGCAAUCCUGGCAAAUGCAUGGGCCCUGGAUGAUGCGAACCGGUUGGGCUUUGCUGGAUAUCGCACCCAUCUCAUUGUCCGCCGUGGCUUUGGCUUCACUAUCGUCGGAUUUAGCUCGCUCCUGAUGAUUGAUGUAGCUAUUUCCUUCAUUACCCUCAAGGUCUUGCAGAAGGGAAUGAAAUUCAUCGAUCCUUAG